ACGGCUGGGUGUUCUCCUUCCCCUUCACUCCCUCCCAGUCUAAUCUCUCUCACUCUCUCCUUGCUCUACUCCCAAGGAGCUCUGGAGUGACUCUUGGGUCUAAAGCAGUAAUUAUACACAGCAAUUGUCGGAAAGCUGACCCUUCGUCCGUUUGCAGGACUUUGUAUCAGUGGAAAAGAAUAGGAGCAUUUGUUUUUUCACACCUGUGGUGUCCUGCAAAACAGUGCAAAUUGUGAGACUGUGAGUCCACUUGGGUCACGGGAUUAUCAAUUGGAAGGCGUCACAGUUCUGAGCACUUCCCGCAGCAAGGUGAGCUCUUGAAUCAGUCCGGCAAGUCUCCACUCCUAAUUAUCAGAAUGGAGCUUCAGAAGAUGAAUGGACACAGUCGAGAUGAUGGGUUUGAUGGCUUGGAUGCCAUGACUGAACAUGAGGAGUUUCUUCCACACAAAGCCGGGACCAAAAAAGAAACCCACUUUACAGAUUUUGAGGGGAAGACUUCUUUUGGAAUGUCCAUUUUUAACCUCAGUAACGCCAUAAUGGGAAGUGGAAUUCUGGGAUUGGCCUUUGCAAUGUCUAACACUGGAAUCAUUCUUUUCAUAAUCCUGCUUGUGUUCAUUGCUAUUCUAUCGGCUUAUUCGAUCCACCUGCUGCUGAAAAGUGCAGGAGUUGUUGGCAUCCGAGCCUACGAGCAGCUUGGAAACCGAGCUUUCGGUCCCGCGGGGAAGAUUUUAGCAGCUGUUAUCAUCACAGUACACAACAUUGGAGCGAUGUCCAGCUACCUCUUUAUUGUCAAGUCUGAGUUCCCGCUGGUAAUUCAGGCUUUUCUCGGCAGACAUGAAAACACGGGAGAAUGGUUCUUGAAUGGAAACUAUUUGAUCAUCAUUGUUAGCGCUGCCGUCAUCUUUCCUCUUGCACUCAUGAAACAACUUGGUUAUUUGGGUUACACAAGUGGCUUCUCCCUUUCCUGCAUGGUGUUUUUCCUCUUUUCGGUGAUUUAUAAGAAAUUCAACAUCCCGUGUCCACUGGAGGACAGUCAGAACCACACAUUUCUCACUGCUGACAACUACACGCUCACUGAGGGCGAUGAAGACGUCUGUGAUGCCCGGCUCCUUACCGCCAACUCACAGACAGCGUACACCAUCCCAAUUCUGGCCUUUGCAUUUGUCUGCCACCCUGAGGUGCUUCCCAUCUACACGGAGCUGAGAGAUGCCACCAAGAAGCGUAUGCAGAAUGUGGCCAACAUCUCCAUCUUGGCCAUGUUCAUCAUGUACCUGCUAACAGCUCUUUUUGGCUACCUCACCUUCUAUGGUGCCGUGGAGUCGGAGCUGUUGCAUACUUACAUCCGUGUGGACCCCCUGGAUGUCCUGAUGCUCUGUGUGCGCCUGGCUGUGCUCAUGGCGGUCACUCUGACUGUGCCUGUGGUUCUCUUCCCGAUCCGCAGAGCCAUUCUCCAGAUUGCAUUCCCUGACAAACCUUUUCACUGGGCCAGACACAUCGCCAUCGCAUUCUUCCUCAUGUUUUUGGUCAACCUGCUGGUCAUCUUUGUGCCCUCAAUCCGGGACAUUUUUGGACUCAUCGGAGCAACAUCCGCCCCCAGCCUCAUCUUCAUCCUGCCUGGAAUCUUCUACAUACGAAUCGUUCCGCCUGAACAAGAACCCUUUUUGUCAAGACCCAAAAUUCAGGCUGCAUGCUUUGCAGCUGUGGGAUUCAUCUUCAUGAUUGUGAGCUUGUCAUUCAUAUGCAUGGACUGGGUUAGUGGAGAGAACCGAGGCGGAGGUGGACACUAGACAGCUUGAGUGGCCCGGAGGUCCCAGCAAUAACAGUGUGUGAACCCAAGCCCUCCCUUUCCCAUCCUUUAACCCUGAAUGUUCUCCAGCAGCCAAUCAGCACAUGCUAACAUACAUUGACCCCUGAAAGGGUCGCAACAAUGGAAGAGAGAACACAGAAGCAUUUUCUGACUGAAAUCCCGCAAUAAGGAUAGUGCUUGUGGUAAAAAAAAAACUAAACAAAAACACAUGACUCAGAUGGGAAUCCCAUGAUGGAGGAUGUGCAUGUUCCGUGGAAAAGUUACGCAGACUUCAUCAUAUUUGCAGGAUAUCUGGUCAAACUGUUGCAGUUCAAAAUAAAUACGACAUUUAAUUUGGCACACGAAUGUUGGUGAAUAAGUUGAUGAAUGGUGAAAUGUGCCGCCUGAACCAGUGUGGGCUGUUGCCAUGGUAACCAUUUUCAACACAAAGCACGUUUUGUUGAUCGAUGUGACGGUGUCGUAACCUACUCUGACAGUUGUGUAAACCGUGCAACGUGAAGUGAUGCAAUUUGUGGGCUUUUGCUGCUAUAAAUGAAGGUCAGCAGACAAAUGCUAUCGUCUGUUGUCGGCAACCAAACAAUGCAGUUACUGUACAGGACAAUAUUGAGGUACGGAGUGUAACGCAGACGCUGUUCAGCAUCAACAACAUGUGGCUUUUAACACUGCGUUAGUCACACGGGGUCUUUGCACACUAUUUUGUUUUUCAUACUCGUAAUUCCUUGUUGGCAAAUGUUGUUCCCGCCCAGUACGUUCAUGACUAGGAGAGGGUGUUUGGAGUGGGGUCGAAAUAUUUGUAUGAUCUUUUUUUCCCCAUUGAUUUUGAACUUGGGCAGCACGGUGGUACAGGGGUUAGUGCAUGUGCCUCACAAUACGAAGGUCCUGGGUUUGAUGCCGAGCCCGGGAUCUUUCUCUCUGGAGUUUGCAUGUUCUCCGGGUACUCCGGCUUCCUCCCACCUCCAAAGACAUGCACCUGGGGAUAGGUUGAUUGGCAACACUAAAAAAAAUUGGCCCUAGUGUGUGAAUGUGAGUGUGAAUGUUGUCUGUCUAUCUGUGUUGGCCCUGCGAUAAGGUGGCGACUUGUCCAUGGUGUACCCCGUCUUCCGCCCGAAUGCAACUGAGAUAGGCUCCAGCACCCCCCGCCACCCCGGAAGGGACAAGCGGUAGAAAAUGGAUGAAUGGAUGGAUUUUGAACUUUUGUCUAUACAUUUAUUUAAGUGCUCCUAACUCCUGAUUGGCAAUCUCAGUAUAAGUCAUCAGGAAAUCGAUAUCGCUGUUUGGGUUGUUCAAAACGCCCUUGGUGACUAACGCAGGGUCAAAUGUCAAAUACGUCUGUUCUUUUUUUGUCUGUAAAUUUUGACUAAAAAUAUUUUAAGAUUGUUUCUUAUAUGUUGUUAAAUUAAUUUCACUUGAUUCUGUCAAUAAAACAUGUCUCAUUUGUACAA